GGAGCCUCAAAGCCCAAACGCUAAGAAAUCUCCCACAACUACUUUGCCCUGUGACGUCUUAACUUUCGUCCUCUUCUUCUGCUGACUAAAAUUGACUUCCUUUCGUUCUUUUACUCGUCUAUCACAGCUAUAUUUUUGUGACCAGCUUUCCUCUUCUUCCGUGUCUAUCAGUGAGAUUCCUCGAAUUAAAACUUCCUGGGGAAUCAAAAAUUCAAAAUGAAUAGUAGGAAAUGGGGUUUCGUUGGGCUUCUUUGUGUUGCUUUCCUCUGUACAAGUGGUGCUGUCGAGCGAGGUCGAAAUCAACCUACUGAAAGAAUUUCAGGUAGUGCUGGUGAUGUACUAGAAGACGAUCCAGUGGGAAGGUUGAAGGUUUUUGUUUAUGAACUCCCUAGCAAAUAUAAUAAGAAAAUUCUGCAAAAGGAUCCAAGAUGCCUCACUCAUAUGUUUGCAGCUGAAAUCUUUAUGCAUAGAUUUCUCUUAUCUAGUCCUGUUCGAACCCUUAAUCCUGAAGAAGCUGAUUGGUUUUACACCCCAGUAUACACCACCUGUGAUUUGACACCUAAUGGACUUCCUUUACCUUUUAAAUCACCGAGAAUGAUGAGAAGUGCUAUACAGCUUAUUUCUUCAAACUGGCCUUAUUGGAAUCGGACAGAAGGGGCGGAUCAUUUCUUUGUGGUUCCUCAUGACUUUGGUGCAUGUUUCCAUUAUCAAGAAGAGAAGGCGAUUGAAAGAGGAAUUCUGCCAUUGCUGCAGCGUGCUACCUUGGUUCAGACAUUUGGACAGAGGAAUCAUGUCUGCCUAAAAGAGGGCUCAAUCACCAUUCCUCCAUAUGCUCCACCUCAGAAAAUGCACACCCAUUUAAUUCCUGAAAAAACUCCUAGAUCCAUUUUUGUUUACUUUCGAGGAUUGUUUUAUGAUGUUGGAAAUGACCCUGAAGGCGGCUACUAUGCAAGAGGUGCAAGAGCAGCAGUGUGGGAGAAUUUUAAGGACAACCCACUUUUUGACAUUUCUACUGAGCAUCCAACUACAUAUUACGAGGACAUGCAACGCGCUGUCUUUUGUCUGUGUCCACUUGGCUGGGCCCCUUGGAGUCCUAGAUUGGUUGAAGCUGUGAUAUUUGGUUGCAUCCCUGUUAUCAUUGCUGAUGAUAUUGUCCUACCAUUUGCUGACGCAAUCCCAUGGGAAGAGAUUGGUGUAUUUGUUGACGAAGAGGAUGUCCCUAAGUUGGACACUAUACUCACAUCUAUCCCACCAGAAGUAAUAUUAAGGAAGCAGAGGUUGCUUGCAAACCCUUCCAUGAAGCAAGCUAUGCUAUUCCCUCAGCCUGCGCAACCAGGAGAUGCUUUCCAUCAAGUUCUAAACGGGCUUGCACGUAAAUUGCCACACGACAAGAGUAUAUACUUGAAACCAGGGGAAAAGAUUUUGAAUUGGACUGCUGGCCCUGUGGGUGACCUGAAACCUUGGUAGAGGUUAUAACAGUUUUUCUUUGAGGCAAUUAGGAUUCUUUAUGUUGCUUGGUCAAAUCCUCCAAGUGUUCAUAGGGGUUGGUUGUAAUUCAGAUGCUGGGUUCAAUUUUCAUUGUAAAUUUUGAUAAUUUUUCCAGACAAUAUAUUAGAUAUGUUGUCCAUUUGCAGCUAUGAUGGAGUUUUCUUUUGUUGUUAUGCCUCUCUUUUAAUAA